AUGCCAAGUCAAAAUGCUUCACCAGACGAAUGGCACCUAUUUUGGAAACUAUUACACAAUUACUAUGCUAUCAUUGCUCGACCAAGAUUUGGAAAACGUACACUCGAAAAUGAUGUAAUAUCCAAUCAAUCACCGCCAUCAUCACCAAAUGAAUUACUAUCCAUUAUCAAUAAAUUCACUGAUAACCAUCAUUCUGAACAAAGUUUUCCGUAUUCGUUAAAUCAUAUUGAUGCCAAUGGCGAUGGGCGAAUCGAGUUAAACGAACUUUAUCGAUUUUUAUAUCCUGAUCUUUAA